AUGGCCCAUGAUAGCCUACCAACUCACACGCAGUCUGGACUUCCGAAGCCUGAUGCCAAGCACCUGGAGCUGGAGAGGGCCUCAGACCCCUACGCCGGGCUCAGUUUCGACGAUGCACAGCUUAUGAGAAGCUAUGAGGGGAAGGCGGGCCAGAAAGUCGUCAGAAAGAUUGAUUAUCGUCUCAUCCCUAUUUUGGGCUUUCUGUAUCUUCUGUCCCACAUCGAUCGAGGGAACAUCGGCAACGCAAAGAUCGAGGGCAUGGACGUCGACCUGAAGUUGACGGGCAACCAAUACAACAUUGCGAGCACCAUUUUCUUCGUUCCUUACAUCAUUUUCGGUAUGAUCAAAUGCUUUGCUUUGCUUGACGUUCGAGAUAAGAGUCUGGCUUAA